AUGCCCCGGACUCUACGAUCAAGCAGGCGUCACGUAGACUCCUGGCACACCACCGAAGCAAACACCCUGUCCCCAAUUCAACCUGUCCGCUUCAUCACACCACAAGCACGCUCAGAUCACCCACAACAAAACAUCGCGCUGCUUCCCCCAGACCAAACCCGCCUCCCGCACCUAACCACAAAAGAAAUAACCCUCCUCCGGAAGAAACAAUCCCGCCUACGCGCAUCCGCAUCCGCCACAAGGACGACCACAGCGGACUACGGUCCACCUGCCUUGCAAGCCCUCUCCUCAACCCUCAUCUUCGCGCAGCACGAAGCAGGCACAGCAGUAUGCAUCCAUCCCGCUGGAUGGCUCCUCACCUGUGCACACUGCUUCGGCGAGACCGAGGCCGAGUGGCGCUCCAACAGCCGGAAAUGGCUCCUCUAUUUCACAGGACAAGCAGUCCUCGUCGAGUGUGUAGCCUGGGACGCGAGGCGCGACCUCGCUCUCGCUAGAAUUACUGCGCUUGAAUGCCUGACUCCGGCCACCUCCCAGAAUUUAAUCCCAAUUUUCGCGUACGUACCACUAGCACCACCAUCAGCUUCUCUCAGCUCCGAGAUCCUCUGCAUCGGACAGCCAGGCUCUGAUGAUUUGGAGUCGUUCGUCCCGCGAAAAACAGCCUACGAUCUUAUUGAGAUUUCGGAAGGGCAAUUGCGCGGGUUGAUACCCGGUGCUGAUCCGCAUGACAACGAGGAGAUUGGGGCGCUGAGGCACGAUGCCUGGACGUACUGGGGUCAUUCUGGGGCGCCUUUGCUCCGGCGGACUGAUGGUGUGUUACUCGGGUUGCAUUCAUCGUGGGAUGAGACUACGGCUAUGAGGCAUGGGGUGCCGAUUGUUGCGGUUAGGGAGUUUCUCAGAAAGGAAUUUCCUGGGGGUUGGGUAGAGGACCAGGGUAAAGAGGAGGAGAGAGAGGUGAUUAUAAUUGAUUGA